GGUUCUGAAGGCCCUCAGGGAUACUGGCAUCCCUGUUCCAAAAGUCCUGGCCUUAUGCGAAGAUUCAAGUGUCAUCGGGACCCCCUUCUACCUGAUGGAGUACAGCCCCGGCCGGAUCUUCAAGGACCCUUCUCUUCCAGAGCUGGAGCCCCACCAGCGGAAGGAGGUUUACAGGGCCAUGAACGGCAUCCUCUGUCAAAUCCACAGCGUGGGCAUCAAAGCUGUUGGCCUGGAGGGUUACGGGAAACACGGCAAUUACGUCCAGCGGCAGAUCCAGACCUGGGGCAAGCAGUACCGAGCCACGGAGACUCACACAAUCCCAGCCAUGGAGAGGCUCUUCAAAUGGUUCCCCUCCCACCUUCCAGCCAGCGAGCAGCUGUCGGUUGUUCAUGGAGAUUUCAGGCUGGACAAUCUUAUCUUCCACCCUGAGAAACUGGAAGUGGUGGCUGUCCUUGACUGGGAGCUCUCCACCUUGGGGGACCCGCUCUGCGACGUGGCCUAUAAUUGCCUGCCGUAUUUCCUGCCUUCGGAUUGCAGUAUCGUAAAAGGCUUGAGCGACUCUGACCUCAACCAGCUGGCCAUCCCCACGGCACAGGACUACCUGCAGAUGUACUGCCGUCACCGAGGCCUCCCUCCGGUCGACAACUGGAACUUCUACAUGGCCUUUUCCUUUUUCAGAGUGGCGGCCAUCCUCCAGGGGGUGUACAAGCGCUUCCUGGCAGGCCAGGCCAGUUCAGCAACCGCCGAAAGCGCCGGGAAGCUGGCGGAGUCCAUGGCGGGCCUGGCCUGGGAUUUUGCCACGAAGGAAGGCUUCCGGAUCUUCAAGGGACUCCCGAGCUCUGGACCGGCCAUCAGGAAGUUCGGGACUUGGGCCGGCCCAAGGUUGCUCCCAAAGAGAGACUACGCCACGCGGAGCCCUGCGUCCCACCUGGUCCUCUCCCCUGAGGGCCUGCCCAGCCACGUCCAGGCGCUGCACCGCAAGCUGAAGCGGUUCAUGGAGACCCACAUUUACCCGUCAGAGCAGCUCCUGCGAGAUCACCAGUCUUCCCCGAGUAGGUGGACCCCACAUUCUCUGGUAGAAGAGCUGAAGGAGAAGGCGAAAUCCGAGGGGCUCUGGAACCUUUUCUUGCCCUUGGAGAGCGAUCCAGAGGCGAAAUACGGAGCAGGCUUGACCAACGUGGAAUUUGCCCACUUAAGUGAACUGAUGGGGACUUCGGUCUACGCCCCUGAGGUCUUCAAUUGCUCUGCUCCAGACACUGGCAACAUGGAAGUGUUGGUCCGCUACGGCACAGAUGCCCAGAAGGAACGCUGGCUGCGGCCUUUGCUGGAAGGCAAGAUCCGCUCCUGCUUUGCUAUGACCGAACCCCAGGUCGCUUCCUCGGACGCCACCAACAUUGAGGCUUCUGUGACCAAAGAGCAAGGCGCUUACGUUCUGAAUGGGCACAAGUGGUGGAUUUCAGGCUCCCUGGACCCUCGUUGCCAGCUCUGCAUUUUCAUGGGCAAGACCAACCCUGAAGCCCAGAGACACCAGCAGCAGUCCAUGCUGCUGGUCCCCAUGGACUCCCCUGGCAUCACCGUCACCCGGCCGCUCAGCGUCUUCGGCUUGGAAGACGCCCCAGCUGGCCACGGAGAGAUGACCUUUGAAAACGUCCGCGUCCCCCAAGAGAACCUCCUGCUUGGUCCUGGCCGCGGGUUCGAAAUUGCCCAGGGGCGGCUGGGCCCCGGGAGGAUCCACCACUGCAUGAGACUGAUCGGCCUGGCGGAAAGAGCGCUAGCCCUCAUGAAGGAGCGGGUGACCACUCGCGUGGCCUUUGGAAAGCCGCUGGCGGAGCAAGGAACCAUUCGGGCGGAUCUGGCGGAGUCCCGCCUGGAGAUCGAGCAGGCCCGGCUCCUUGUCCUCAAGGCGGCCCAUCUCAUGGACACUGUGGGAAACAAGGGAGCCGCUCUGGAGAUUGCCUUGAUCAAAGUCGUGGCUCCGAGGGUGGCGCUCCGGGUGAUUGACCGGGCGAUCCAGGAGUGA